CCCAAAAGGCAAAGUACAGAGUGAGGUGCAAUUAUUCAUGCCAUGGAUUUCAUCUUAAGCAAGUCAGAAAAAAAUUCCACCUCCAACCAAAAAAAAAAAGAAGCUCUAAAAAUAUAGAAACGAUAAAAGCUAUGCAUAAUAAAAUCAUCAUUUUGGUGCCCCAAAAAAAAAAAAAAAAAAAGUUGUUUUUCUUUUUUUCUUUUAGGUGACCUAUUCCCACUCAUAGGCUUAAAAAAAAGGGGAAAAAAAAAAACAAAAAAGACUUCUUUUUCUCAUUCCUAUUCACUUAGUAUCCUUUCGUUCUCUCUCUCUCUCUCUCUUCGUAUAUUUUCUUUUACAUCCACUUCUUUUUCUUCUUCUUCUUCUCCAUCCUCUCUGUCAUCUCUCUCUCUAUGAGAGGGACCUUCAGAAAGCGAAGAAGAAAAAAAGAAAAAAAGAAAAGCUUAUUAGGGAACUAGCUAGCUAAGCCAUGAAGAACACCAUAAGGUGUUGCAUCUCUUGCAUUCUACCAUGUGGAGCUCUAGACGUUAUUCGUAUAGUCCACUCCAAUGGUCGUGUCGAAGAAAUCAGCGGCACCAUCAGAGCUAGCGAGAUCAUGAAAGCUCACCCAAAACACGUGCUUAAGAAACCCUCCUCUCCCAAUUCCGACGACGGUGUCGUUCCCAAGAUCGUGAUCGUUCCUCCCGACGCCGAGCUUCAACGCGGGAAGAUUUACUUUCUCAUGCCGGCACCGCCACCACCGACGACGGAGAAGACUAGGCAAAGACCUUCGACGAAGAAGAAGAGAAGAUCAUCGGUGGAGAUGACGGGGAACAACACCGGGAACAGCACGAUAUCUAUGACCAACUUAUUGAUUUCGGAUCGGUAUCUGAGUGAAAUACUGUCCGAGAAGAUUUCUACGCAGAAAGAUCGCCGGCGUGGCCGUGUUGGUGUUUGGAGACCUCAUUUAGAAAGCAUAUCAGAGUCACCAACUGAUUGACUAUUGAUGCAAUAAUAAUAAUAAUCUCAAUUGGCCUUGUUGUGA